AUGUCGUUCGCGCCCAAUGUUCCCAUCGAUGUCUUGGUCUGCUAUGGAAAAGAACGAGGAACUCGGUACCCGCACUGGAUGUUGAUGCUCAUAUCUCAAGGCGCACAGCGAGGAACCUGGUACCAUGCUGUCGGCGGGCCUACCCAGCAUGCACCUUAUUCGCUUGCCGUACAGGCCGAUAAGCGACUCGAUAGUCACGGAAUUGAAACGACCGAGCUCAUCGGCAGCAUCAUGCCGAAGGACGUCAACAAAUUCAAAUCAGCAGCCCAGCGUGUCAAGCCCCAGCAAUGCCAGCGAUUUGUUGUUGCUGUCGUACACGAGUUGGAAAAGAAGGAGCUCAUAAAUAGGGGCGAAGCGGUCCGCCUCAACGGCAAAGUCCAAAUGUCCGAGCUUGCUCAAGCAUAUGCAGUUCAAAAUCCGGUUGAGCAUCCGUCUGGUGCGUAUGUGCCCGCUGCUCCUUCAAUCGCUGGACCUUCCACCAGUGGCCGCCGAACCAGUCCCCAGAGAACUCAGCAAAGCCAGCAAGGACCACCGGCGACGCAACAGGCGAAGAGGCCGAAACAGAGCAAAGGCUGUUGCAUUGUGAUGUGA